AUGAACACCGUCGUCGUCCUACUGCUCCUUUCCGCUCCGCUGAUCGGAGCACGUUUGAGGCAAAGCCGAGAUGUAUGUAAUACGUGUGCGACUCCGCCACCUCCAUGUACUACGUGUACGGAUCAGGCACAACAACAAAUGGUGCCACCACCUGGACCACCACCCGGAUCGCCACCACCAGGACCAACAAAAGUAAUUAAGGAAACGGUUGUCGUCCUUCCGCCACGUGUACGACACUGGUACUCGCUGACUCCACCACCUUACAUGUAUGGUCCUCCUAUGCCACCACCACGACCUCGACCUCCUCGUCCACGUCCUGUUCCUGUUCCUGUCCCUGUUCCUGUUCCUGUUCCGGCACCACGACCACCGGCAUUUGCGUGGACAGAAUAUAUUACCUAUCAUAGGGGUUGCCCAACUGGAGAAUGUCCUAUGCCACAAGGUGGCUGUCCUACAGGAGGCUGUCCUACAGGAGGUCAGCCGAGUGGCUGCCCAACCGGUAACUGUACCUAG